GCAAGUGGAGAUGGGCAGCAGGCAGACUAAUGGCUGGGGCCGGAGUGGAGAUACCGGCCCCAGUGGCCCCCGGGACCUCGUCGUCCUGCCAUAAUUCCAGGACCAAAGAGGGCCGGCUGGGGCCUUGGAGACCCUCCGUAUAUUACACACAGACACAUAUGUUCAUGUUCAGGGCCCAGGUUGCGAGAUGGGAACAGAAAACCCGCAAGCUGAGCAGGGCCUUCCGAUCCCCCUACCUGGCCUGCUACUCCCUGGGCGCUGUCAUUUUGCUCCUGAACAUUCUGCGCUCCCACUGCUUCACACAGGCCAUGCUGAGCCAGCCCAAGAUGGAGAGCCUGGAUAACCCCACGGCCUACCGCAUGGGCCUCGUGCUCCUGGGAGUGGGCAGCACGUUUGUGCUCUCCAGCUUCUUCGCACUGGGCUUCACUGGGACCUUCCUAGGUAAGACCCCAAGGGCUGGGGGGCCACGAGCAGAUGCACUCUGGGUCCAGGCGGGAGCAGGGGCUGCCUGCCUGCCCUGCCAUCUGUGACAUCUUCGUGGGGAGCGCUGGGGGACCCGGCUGGCUCGUUGCUCUGCCCCUAAGUCUGAGGCUCCGGGCACUUUUGUCCUCCAGGCCUCUGCCUGUCCGUGGUUAGCCUGGGAAGACGGGCUUGCCUGUGUCUCAUCCAGCCGCUUGGCUGCCAGGCCAGUGGGAUUGCCAUUUGCUGCACUUGGGCCACAAGCCAGGGCUGGUGCGGGUCUGGUGCGGGUCUGGAUUGGGUUGGUGGGGGGGGAAGAUGCUGUCCCUGCUCUGCGUUCCCCACUGCCUAUGGCUCAGGUCCUCAUGACAUCAGCAACUUCUAGCAACUUGGAAGCCCAAGAAGGAGCGCAGCUGGGGGAGGCUGCAAAAGCAAGGCAGUCUUGGGGACAGGGACAGAAAGGAGGAGGCAGCCCACAGAAGGAGCCCAGCAGGCAGGUUACGUGGGAGGUGCCCACGCCUCUGAUGGGCUGGAUCAGGGGCUCCUGGGUCCUCACCGCUCUCAGCCCCCAGCCAGCUUCGCAGACCUGGUCUCGGUUUCCUCCAGCGCCCAGGGCAGUCCCCGGAGCCCUCCCUGUCUGCCUGGGGGCCUCUCUGUCCACAGUCGCUUGGGGCCUGGGGUACUGCAGGCUGCAGAGGGAGCCGGGAGCUCGGAAGGCGCCGUGUUCACAGGCAGAGGAGACACGCGGGAGCGGCGUGUGCGGGGGGCCUGAGCUGGGCCUGUCACCCACCUGCAGCAGCGGGGCCCCCAGGCGGCUUGCGCCUCGUGCUCAGGCCGGAGCUUUAGGAUGCCCGAGGCUCAGAGAGGGGCAGCGGGUGGGAAGGUGGGAAGAGACGUUGGGAGCUCCUGGGUCUGCCAGGUGGGAACAGGGCACUGGGGUGGGCCCGGGAGCAAACAG